AUGUCGGCAAACGAGCAGACGGAUUACCUGAUGCACUCCAACAGUGUCUUAGGAGACAAUCUGGAUGUCGGGGACCAUGAGGAUCAGUUAGUGAUCUCCGGUCACUGUAAGCGCGGGUCUGCAGACAGCGGGAAGGAGAAGCUCGCCGUUAGGUCAGAACCAGACCUGAACGCGCGUCUCAAAGAGCCAAUAGACCACCACAGAUGGCGCCCAAUAAGGCUGAUGUUCAGCAGGGGUGCAAACGUAAUAAUGUCCGGCCUUGGCCUGGAAAAAGGAAGGAGUAAGAAAAAGUUUACAACUUCAGUAGUAUUGGUCACCAAACAGAUGGCGCUAGCAUCAGCGAAUGAAAUCGAUAAAUUGCCCAAGGAACACAUCAGGAGACUAGCUAGAGUGGUUUUGGGUAAUGACUGCAGAGGGGACAGUCCUUACGUCGGCAUACGAGAGUAUACGUAUCAUCCGGACUUCUUCAAAGACAAGGUCAAUGCACUAGCCAUGAUUCAGCUUGAAACUGAUCACAUCGCGUUUAAAUUACACCCUAUAUGUGGGCCACCGGUAAACUUCCAGAAUGAGACCUUCUACACGAUGAUGCUAGCUGAUGAUUGCAAGAAAGGUGAAGUUUGGGUAUACAAAAUGAUUUAUGUACCAUUUGACAAAUGCAAGCACUACUACAGAAAGAGUGGGCUGGAUUUUGAUUCGCUAUGGCCAUCGCAUACGACGUGCGCUCAGAGUGUAAUGGGGGAUGAAUGUGUUUGGCGCAGCGGUGCCAUACUUGUCACCAAGGUGGAUCAGCGAUGGAGACUGUUAGGUUUUGGAGUGUACGGACCUGGUUGUCAAGCUCCAGCCAGGUUUCUGGAUUACGGCAUGUACCACAAGUGGGUGAAAGACUCAUUCAGGAACAUUGGUAGAACAGCUGUCUCCACAAUUGCAGAAAAUCACCUCGUCAUGCGAAGGAGGGUUCUUCCUCAUGAGCCGCGUGCGCGGACGCGGCGACGUCGCGCAGCCUACUGGUUAGCGUUGGCGCCUGCAUCGCUGUUGAUGGUUGCGCUGCGGCGAGUCCAACGCGCCAUCUGGCGGAUACUACGCGCGUUUGCUUCCAUCUCCGGUGGCGACGCGUGUGACGAUGUUGAGGCGCACGGUACGAUCACCAGUGGCGCGGGUAGUGGGUUCGAGUCCGCGCCAACGCUAACCAGUAGGCUGCGCGACGUCGCCGCGUCCGCGCACGCUGCUCAUGAGGAAGAACCCCUCUGUUGUUCGAAACUAGUAGUGCUUUUCUCAAUAUUUACACUUAGUAAGACAUUACCUCUCGUUGGAGACUCAGGGCAGGAGACGAGCGCGGGUCUGCGGUCGGCGAGUACGGGUAGCUCGCCGCCCGACCAGAACCAGACCCGAGCGUACGGCGUGUAG